AUGAGCUGCUUCGGCUGUUGCGAGGAAGAUGGUAUGCAUAAAGCUGCUGCUGAUUAUGGAGACCACAAUACAUCCAAACACUGUGGAGGAGCCACAGCAAUUAAAAAGCUGGAUUCUAACAUACAGCCUGACAAUGAGUUCCUUGCCCAGGUUUCCAUGGCGUCGAGGCUGACACAUGAUAACUUUGUUCAACUUCUUCGCUACUGGGUUGACGGCAAUUCAAGAAUACUUUCCUAUGAGUUUGCCAAAAAUGGUUCUCUUCAUGAUAUUCUUCAUGGGAGAAAAGGCUUGAAGGGAGCACUGCCAGGUCCUGUCUUGUCGUGGUAUCAACGAGUGAAAAUUGAAGUAGGAGCUGCAAGAGGGCUUGAGUAUUUACAUGAAAUUGCACGUCCUCGCAUCAUUCACCGUGACAUUAAAUCCAGCAAUGUCCUACUCUUUGGAAAUGAUGUUUCCAAAAUUGCUGACUUUGAUCUUUCUAAUCAAGUUCCUGACAUGGCGGCUCACCUUCAUUCAAAUCGUGUUCUUGGAACUUUCGGUUACCACGCCCCUGAAUAUGCGAUGAACGGUCAAUUAGAUGCCAAGUGUUAUGUGUACAGCUUUGGAGUUGUCUCACUCAAACUUUUUACAGGUCGAAACCUGUUGAUCAUAGAUUACCCAGAGGCCAGCAAAGUCUAA